AUGGCAUCGACGGGCGCACAAAGCGCACCACGCACUUGGCCCCAUGUGCCCGUGUCUUUAUUUGUGUCUUCCGGUGCAUGGCAUGUGCCAGUGCAAGGCUCGGACUUGUCGACAUUGCAGUCAAGUUUACACCCUUUGCAUGAAGCUGCGCAUGCGAAUGCAUUGAAUACACUGGCUGUGCCCAAUCCCGCUUCGAUCGGCUUGCAGGUACCCAAUUCUCCGGAGGAUGAAAAGAACAUGACAAACGUCGAAAAGUGUCGUCACUGGGCACUUGCUGACGGCUAUGAUGGUAUUGCCAUCGAACUAGCCAACGCUCGUUGGCAUGAACGUUGGGAGCAUUUGUGCCUGCGUCCAGACUCUGACACUCCUGGACUUCCACGAAGCACGAGUCGAGCUAACUUUUCCUCGCUACCUGGAGAUAUGGAUGCGCGCAUUCAACUCGAGGCGGAGACAUGGCGUGCACAACCUCAUUUUUUGCGUCCAGAGCUGAAUAUCCUCCAUGCCCGCGAGACACCUUAUGUCACUGCCAUAAUUAGUCAGUGGCUGGAACUCGAUUCCUUGGACGAAGGUGUGCGUUUCGACUCGGAACUCGCUUUGCGCCAGGAACUUGCGUAUGCCUCUUACGUCGGAGUUACGCAAAUAAUUCUUCCCGCACCCAGUAGCGACCCUGAGCGGCGACCAUUUUUGGCCGACUAUGCGCGUAUCGUCCGUUCAUGCCUUGAAGGCAUGGCAGAUCAGCCUCCGCUUGUGCAUGCAUCGAUGAAAGUUGCUGUACGCCUGCCUGUCAGUUCGACGUACAUUCUCACAUCAAUGCUCAUGCAUCAAGCUACAAGCAAAGGGCCUAAUGGCGCAGCUGCCAUGCCAGCAGCCGCAUAUCUUCGGACCAAAGACAAUUGGGCAUGGGAGACAUGGGAACGCUUACAAGACUUGUGUGGAUACCACUCACAAUUGCACAUUGCACUCGACUUGUCCAUGCCUCUUCCUCCAACUUCGUCCAUGAUGCGAUGGAUUCAUGAGCCUGUAUCGCAUAUUUUGCUCCCGUCCUCAUCGUUUCUAGCGAAUGCUAAGGGUUACCCUGUCCUCUCCAAAUCAGCCCAAACGCUGGUUCGGAGUCUGAUUCCUCAUACACCCCACAUUAUUCUGAGUGACAUCACAAAUCCACCAAUACAACACGUACGUGGUGGUCCCAUUGCCUAUAUCCAGUAUAUUCGACAUCUGAUCAAAACCAUGCAGCCACCUACAAAACUUGAGCACCUCGCUUCCACAUUUGGCGAUUGUCUUCAAGCACCGCUGCAACCCAUGUCGGAUCAACUUGCUGCUGGAACGUACGACGUAUUUGAAGCAGACACGGUAAAAUAUAAUUUGUACGAAGAGGCGAUGUUCCAGGCAUUUGCUCAGCAUGGGUCGCCAGGCACUCGUUUACAGGUUUGGAUCGUGGGAGCUGGGCACGGUGCAUUGGUGCCCCGUUGCUUGAAUGCUGCUGAACGUGCAUCGCGUGUCGUGCACAUUACGGCUCUAGAAAAGAACCCUGGCGCCUUGAUUGCACUUCAAGACCGACAGCUAAGAGAAUGGGGUUCUGAUCGUGUUCGCAUUUUACUGGGCGAUAUGCGUGCCAUGCCAGUGCCACCGAAUGUAGCGGACCGAGCCGAUGUGGUGGUAAGUGAACUUCUAGGCAGCUUUGGUGAUAAUGAGCUUGCCCCUGAAUGCUUAGAUGGAGCGAUGCGGUUUCUUAAACCGAACGGCAUCUCCAUCCCUACCUCUUACAUGCCCUACAUUGCACCGGUUACAACGCCAGCUUUGCAUUCUGCCAUCAAAACUGGUAUGUCACAGACAUCAUCAGCACAAGCAGGACAGGGUAUGGGCAUGGCCCAAGAUACGGUGCAAUUUGAUGCACCAUCUGUCGUGCUUUUCAAACGAAUGAACUUGCUCUCUGGUCUUGACAGCGCUUCGCAGUACCCGCGGGUCCAAGCGUGCUGGCGGUUUGAACACAUGUCCAUGGAUGAGAGCGGUUUGGCUUGUGAUGUUCACGGUUUGCCACUUACCAACAACCACAAUGCUCGUUCAUCGUUGAAUACCUUUUACAUUCCUCAGGCUGGAGUGUGUCAUGGCUUGGCGGGAUUCUUUGAAGCGCAUUUAUUCGGUAAUGUCAUGUUGAGCAUCUUUCCUGAUCCAACUCGAGCCAGUCGGGACAUGCUGAGUUGGUUCCCUAUUUUUUUCCCCUUCCGCACACCGCUGUAUGUACCGGCUAACUCUGAGCUCGAUGUGCACAUGUGGCGUCUCACAGACAAUAAGCAUGUGUGGUACGAAUGGAGCGCCGAAGCGUUCAUGCUUCUCGACACGAUCCAUGGACAAUCUAGUACCACAGCGCUGUCUCCACAAGGACAUGCAUUGCACAUGUUCCAAGAUGAGUCAAACCACUCGGACAGCUUGCCGCCCUUCACUAAUGCUCCGCAUACACCUAUGAUGCCAUCUACUGGGGUCAUGAGCCCCGUUAUGGAUAACACUUCGGCAGAUGCCUCCUCGUCAGUUCACGUUCCCAAUACAAAUGGCGUUUCAGUUGCACCAAAUGCAGCCGGGCGGCGUAUAAAGGUGGGCCAGACAGACCUAAUGAACCCUGGGGCCUGUGGGUCAAAAUCCAUCAUUUCUACCUAA